UGUUUUUCUGUUUUCAUGUCUGUUGUUACGAAAUUACGAGUUACUACUUCCGAAUUAACAAGGUUCAAUUUUCCAAAGAUUUCAUUAUUUUCUCCCAAAAUCUCAUAAUAUUAUGAUACUCUAAGAAUAUUACAAUAUAAGUGCAAUUCUAUAAUCAAUAAUGUUUGUGAUAACAACAUUUUCAAAACAGUAGCCGCAAAACGCAGCUAUGAAUUUACUCGAAAAAGCCGAGAAAUCACUCGAAUAUUUGAAAAACUAUGAAGGAGUUGCAAAAGGUCAUGAAUUACAACCCGCAGCCGGAACAUUGGGUCGCUGUCUGGGUGCGCUAGGAGCUCGAUCCAAUUGCGCUCGGCAUUAUGCUAAUUUGUUAAGCACGGCUGUACCUACUCUACUAUCCCUUGCCAGCCAUGAAAGCGCAGAAGUAAGGUUGGUGGGAGAUGAGGCUUUAAACAGAGUCAUUGUUGGUGGGUUUGCUUUUAAUGCAUAUAAGACAAAUGCUAUCUUGUUAAAUCAGAUUGAUGCCAAUAAGAAUGCAAGAUGGAAUCGUGCUGCCAUCAACAGAAUCUGUCUUGGAGAGUCCUGGUUACGCCCAGGUAUGGGAAAAAUAAGAUCCCAUGCACAAGCGUUGUUCCCAAAACUGAGUCAAAUUAUCAGAAGAACUACUGAGUUGCAGCUUGUGGUGGAAGCUUUAGAAAGCAAUUUACCAAGAUUGCUAAAUGCCUUAGCUGAAUAUAGUACAGAUGAAGAAAUCUAUGAUCUCGCUAAUUUUCUACUAUGCCGUGUUGAAUGUACGGAAGCAUCUGUUCGACGCGGUAUAAGCUCAUGCCUUGGCCAUUUAUGUGCGCACAGAGAGACACUUCUUACAAAGAUACUGGAUAAAGCUUUUGAGAAAUUGUGGCCAAUGGCAGAUGACACAAUAGCUAUCAGCUGGUUUAGUGUAAUCAAAGCUGUGUUUCAAAUUAAUGAUGUUAACAAAUUUACUGAAAGUGAUCUAUUUACUGUACAGGACUAUUUGGAAUUAUACCAGCUAUGUAUAUCUUACAUAGAAGCGUCCAACUCGCAUAACUCUCAAAAUGCAGUACUGGAGUGUCUUUAUGUAUUGCUGGGGCUCCCGGGGCCCCAUAGACGGGGUCUUACUGCAUUCAGACCUGUAUCCGUAUCCUUAGAACAACGAAACUCACGUAAAAGACAUCGCCGUAAUUGCAGUUACACAAGUGCAAUAUCCUUUAAUGUAACACAACUACCAUUGGAGUCUCGAGAAACGGAAUUUGCACUGAGUGGAGCUUUACAGUUAGGAAGUGUUCUGCGAAUCGGUACACCUACAUCGAGUAUAGACGACCUUAACAUACAGACUCCAGAAAGUCCAGAGAGUGAGAUAGAGAGUGAGGUGGAUGUGGAGCAGCUAUCCCGUGCCUUGUUCGAACGAUUCCAACGAUGCGAAGAUACUGAUGAUGACGAUGUUGCUAGUAGAGAAAAUUUCAACAAGAUUAACAUAGGCCGACCGAGUGAGGAUCCGAGGGUGUUAUAUUGCGCGCGGCUUAUUGCUUCGCGAUUCUUGUUGGCUGGAUCUAGAGGGGAACUUGUGUCUGAUAGGUCAGUUCGUGUAUCUGUUAAGUCUUCCGCUUUGUCAUGUUUGAGUGCGCUUUUGCGAUUGGCACCACAUUUACUGACACACUAUCUGGACAAGGAUGCUGAUCUGAAGCUAUUGAACUGCUCAGGAUCAUCCGAAGGCACCGAUUCAAAUCAGGAUAACAUAAACGAAUUUAUUCUCGAACGAAAUGUCUGCUAUCAAGAUUCAAUUACAGAAUCCAUCAGCCAGGACUUAUUAAAAAGCUCUGAUAGUAUCCUAACUUCAAAGAAAGACGUUAAAUCAUUAGAAAAAUCCCUUGAAAGUGAACUGAAAAGCUCCAAAGACGUAGCAAGUAAUAUUCUAGACAGCAAGUUAGUUGCCAGCGGCUUUAGUGCUGACACAAAUAUGACUACCAGUAACUUUACGUCAACUACAGACGAACAGUCAACCGGUUACCCCAUGACCAGUAGUGGGGUCCUAUCUUCAAGCAUAGAUUUGGAUAUGAAAUUCGACCAUUUUGGUGACGCAGAAGUCAAAGAAGAAACUAGAAAAGAGAGAGUAGAAGAGUCUGAGAGUAAGAGUGAGGAGAUAGAGUAUCAGCAUAUGAGUGAUGUGCUUUUGUUAAGUGACCACAAUGAUCCUCAAGUUCGAGGCUUAGUGCGCAAUUGUGUGGGGAGUUAUUUGGUAGCAGCUCUGCAUGUAGCGCAGGGUGAUUAUACUAACUGGCGGAGUUAUACUGCACUACCUAAAGAUAUUGCUGAUGUCCUCGCGGUUGAGAAACUAGUCGAUCUUAUAUUAAAAGGUUUGCAUGAUGAAAUGCACUCAGUUGUGUCAGCAACAUUAUCAACCCUAACCACUUUGGCACCUUCGCUGUGUCACUCGCUUGGAACAGCUCUGGCAGAAAUAGGCACAGUAGCAGAUAAUUCUUAUUGGCUUUGUCGACUUAAUCUUGUGCAGUUUUAUGAAAAAUUACCGUAUCAGAGAUUGUUCAUGCUGUGCCCUGCAUACAAGAGUCAUAGUGAGGCGAUACUUAACUCACUCUUCCGUCUGCUGGCAGAUCAGGACCAGAAAGUGAGAAAUGCUGCAGCUAAAGCGAUUGCCAACAUCACACCAAUAAUCCACCCGAAACCUCGUACCACCCCUGUCACAAUGCUAACGGAAACAUCUCGACAGAUGAGUAAACUGUUUUGCUCUCAUGAUAGACGCCUUUCGUUAGAGCGAGUGAGAGAGAUGUAUUUCUAUCAGGACCUACCCGAACAGAUGAAGAGUGGAGAUAUAUUGCAAGAUGAGGACAGGUUGAUAGUGAUGUUAGCGGAUAUUAUGGGUAGACUGAUGGCUUCUAAUUGUAAGAACUAUACGCAAGGCCUACUUUCCACCUUACGUGAGAUAUGUCAACGGUGGUCACCAUGGCAACAUAGCGCAUACCGCGGUCUGGGUAUAUUGGCCUACUGUCUCGCGAGAAUUGAAUGCUGCCCUGGUACUGUGCCCCUCCAUACUACAUGUCUUGAUAUAUGCCGGCUUGUAUACCCAGCUGAAAUUCACGAUUUAAUGCGGGACAAGUCCAAUCGCGACAUAUUCGAAACACAAGAAGUUAAAGAGAAGUGGCAACACUUGGACAAUGAUAGAGUUGCAAGCCUUUCUGAGAAAUUCCUCCAAGUGACGCUAAAAAUGCUGAACGUCCUCGUUCAUUUGAUUGAGGAGGUCAACCCUAAUGUCCAUAUUAAUAAGAGUGGAAUUGCUUUGCCUGGAAGCCCAGUACGGCGGAAGACACAAGAAGUAACUCCACGAAAAAGCAGUUUAAGUUCUGAUACAGUUGACGACAAAGGUCUUAAGAAGAAACCGCACGUGCCUCCAAACAGUUUGAAAGCCAACUUCGUCGGACAUUUCUAUACUGAACCCGUUUAUAUGAAGCACUACGAUAAUUUGAGAGCAACUUAUUCUAAUCAUAAGAUAAACCUCGACCCAAAAGGCAGUAUAUUCUACGAUUUUCUUUCAACUACAUUAAGCUCUCUAGCAAUACAACUAGAAUUAUCAACUGAAGUCGAAAUCGGUCCUAUUACCGAAGAAUUACUCUUCUACCUAAAAGUUAUCAUGCCCCUAUGCCCGGAAAAUACAAUAUACUGCGUGACUCAACUGCUGAAAUGCCUUUUCGGGACGAAUAUUAUCAACCAGUACGCUGAUUUCGUGAGUAUUGCCAAUAAAGAGGAGAAGAAAGAAAAAUCCAGUUUCUUUGACGAUGUGAUGCUGAUAAAUAAUAUGAGUUUUGAGUCCGAGUCUAGACGUAAUAGCGUCUGUUCCAAUGCAAGUCAGAAGUUUUUGGAGAAAAAUCCGAGAAUUAUUAGAGAGAGAGAAUUGUUGAUUGCGCUGGAGAAUUUCAAUAAAAACAGGAUGGAAAGGAAAUGGGGAAAUAAUAAGAAGGAGUUGGAGAGAUAUAUUCGCUUGUUCGAGCCGGUUGUUAUACAGGCGCUUAAGACGUACACAGUAGCCAGCGCGACUGGUGUAUGGAGCUCAGUGCUGUGUCUCCUUGGAAGGCUUCUGGCUUUGCGAGUCAACUACUGCAUGUUGGAUACCGACCAGCUUUUCAUUGGCUUUCUCAUGAAGCAGCUGGAACUGCUUGAGCAUCAUGAGAUACCGAAUUGCUGUGAUUUAGUCAAAAGUAUUAUGUUGUUCCUGGUUCAAUUAUCCUCAUCAAAGCACCACACGAAGCAAAUUAUUGAAAUUCCUAAGCUUAUUCAACUGUGUGAUGGUCUCAUGGCGUCGGGUGCUCAAGACGAAUGUAUCGCGGGCUUAGAACCCGUAGCACUUAAGGUUUUCAGCAAUAUAGGAGGAUCUGGUAUAGGUACUGGAUUAGGUCGUGCCCAACAGCAAGAGAUUCAAGCAACCAGAGAAGUUCUGUUUUACAUGUUGCAGAAAACGAUGCAUCUUCCUAAGGUGUUAGAAGUAGUAUCGUGUGUUAUAUCACUGUCCCAAGAGCAACCAGAAAAUCAGUACCGUUGGUGUGAACUCGCAAGUGAUACAUUAUUGCACGUGCUCGCUGAACGCAGCGCUGAAUGCGAAUACGCGCACGCGCUACGAUCGCUUGAGGCGUUACUUGAAACUAUAUCAAAUGAUGUGCUUCUUGAACAGACAAGAGUUGAGAUGUUGCUUAAGAUUUUGUUUAAAGCUCCACCAGAGCAGGCAACAACACCACGGAAGUUAAAGUUACGAUACCUAUCUAUCAUAUUGGUACUUCUUCGCAAAGUACUCGUACUUAUUCCAGAAAGCGAGAUCCUGCUAUCAAUAAAUUACCUAAAAGCGACUUGUAUCGCACCUCAGUCAAUAUUCUUUAACGUAAAACCCAACAUUGACCCCUUAAACGUCCAAAACGUGAACGAAACGUGUGCGAAUCUAUCGCCCGAUGUGAUCCUAGUACGAUUUCUCUUCAAAACGUUAACGUAUGCCAUGAUAGAGCUGGAUGAUGUAACAACUGGUUAUGAAGUGCUGUCUGAUCAUGAUGAAUUGCUGUACUCUGUGAGCGUUGGACUUGUAGUUCAAGUUAAACAUAUGCUGCAUUUGACCAAUGGUUGCGGAUUCCCAUUAACAGCAAAGAGUGCCCAAAACCUUCUACACCAGGAACAGAGUGGCUUGAAUACUGGCCUCUAUAGUCCCGAUGAGAAUAUUCCACUUGACGAUCUCAAUCGACGAGUGUUAAGGGCCCGAACUGCCCUGACAAUGCACUGGUCACAUUUACUUAUCAGGUUAAAUUUCCUCUCUCAUAAAUACUGGCAGAAACUUAUCGGUUUCUCCCGUAGUUUGCCGUUAAGUGCUCGCGCCGCUCAUUACGCGCAUGCGCCUCACGCUGACGCUACGCAACUGGCUGUAGCGUUAGCUUACUGCGAGUAUUUUGUGGAAAACGGUCUUGGCGAAGUUGUCCACUUAUCGUGGUUAGUGGGAAGUCGUGCACAUACCCUGGUGUCUCACUGUACUGAACCACUUGUGGCCGCGUUGCUGUCGGCCCUGCAACGAUGCUCCGCUACCAGUGCCUUGCUGCUUCAUGCAAUUGCUGCUAGGUGUCAGCCUUGCUUGCAGGGUGAAUUUGCUUUGAAUACGUAUAAAGUGCUAUCCUCAUGUCAUGAGAGUCAGUUAGGACCUUUGGUUUUCUUCAUAUGUAGAAUCAUUGGCAAGUUGGAGCCUUCCAUUGGUGCAAGAUUCUCGCAGCUAGCGAUAGAGAGAUGCAAAGAUUUACGAGAUAUGGGUGAAGAUGGCGUGAAAAAGCAACUCAGCAAGGAAGAUGUUCAAGUGGCCUUGGAACUUCUGCAGCGGGACCGGGCACAUCAAAGAUACGCAAGUCUAGUCUCAGAGCUAAACGCGCUGGCAUCAACUGUGUUUGAUUUGUCACCUCUGGAUUUAGCUCAAGAGCGAAUAGUUAAUCCUCAAACGAUUCGUACUACGACGAUAGAUCACCAAUGGCUGUUGUUACAGGCUAAGACUGGGUGCUGUCAGCGUGAUAAUUAUCUACCAAAGGUGUCUCGAUACAAUGAUUUAGCGAACUUACUUUCAAAACUACCUCUGGAAGAUCUUACAACUAUUAUGUCCUGUCCAGAGUUUGACAGAAAAAUAAUUAGUGUAUGUUUCAAAGUCUCCUGUAAUACCUACAUUAGGGAAUUUCUGAGCUCAUUAUCAGUAAACGAAUUGAAAGAGACGGAACAAGAAGCGGUUAGGCAGCAAAGAGAGAUGGCAAGAAGUAAAGAAGAAAUGACCGCGUCCGUUGAUAGUAAUAAGUUAAAUGUCGUCAACAUACACGUAUUCAAAAAGAGCGAUAACAAAGAAUCGAAAUCCCAAUUCUUUAUUCCCAUGACUUCAAUUGACAAUGAAAGCUUCGGUAGUUUGACAAUCACAGAAGAGGAAUGCGAAAUAUCAGUCCCAGAGUUGCCGAAAUUGUACAUAGCCAGUGUAUCUACAUUGGACAAAUCGUUGGCAGAAAUUUUAAGACUCUUCCCAAAACAGAACCGACCGCUGAGCCAAUCCGAGAAUUUCAGCCUCAACAAAGAACAGACUAUAGAUAGGUACACUCGGCGUUGUCAUCAAGUGUUCCAAGACAAAUUGUUUUACCAAGAGUUUAUGACUAUACAGACAAUUCUUACUGGUUACCUGAAGUCGUUAGACAAAAUCAUCGCAGUAAUAGACGAAACGGACUGCGAUCUGCUCGAAAAAUGUAUAGAGAAUCUAUUACCCAGUUCCUUAGCUCGAAAUUUGGCUAUUUUUAGCGUAGUAUCUCUUCAGUAUUUGUCAUUUUUGAUAAGCAACAAAAAAGUAGUGGAAGCACCAGUGAACGCAGAAGUGUCGUUUCGGGCGAAUUUACCCACAGACAACAUUUGCGUAGACAACGUUUUAAGGCUGACCAUAGAGAAUGUUGCGAAAGCUUUAAGCUUUGAGGAGAUUUGGUGCGAACUGAACAUUGACAGUAACAUAAACAGGGUACAAUCAGCUAUAUGCUGUUUAUAUGCGGUUGUGAAGUAUUUAGUUAAGGACCGAAAGCCGCUGAUCUCAAAGUCCCAUAUACGCGGGGAAGACGGUCCCAAAGCGGAUAUAAUGAUAACUGGGAACAAAUUGAUUACAUUAAUUGAAUAUUGGGAGGAUAAUUUCUAUGUGAAAAUGGAAAAAUUGGGGAAAUACGAGAAGGUGAUAGAGAGUUUGAUUGUAAGGUUGGCACGAUUUGAAGCUGUGAGUACUAUGUCUUUAAUACCGCCUAUAGCGUGGGCGAGCGGAGAAGUGAAGACGCGAGGACCGCUUGAAUUGCCCUUACGUGCGCUUCAGGAUAUGGAUGUGUUGCAACCUUUCUUGUUCAGGGUAAACUUAAUAGGUUGGUCCUCAAAGAAACAAUUUGAAGAGAUUUGGGUGGGUUUAGUGGGGGCGUUGCAAGGCAACGGACCUCAUUGGGCGGUACGUGGCAUUAGUCAGUUGUUGGUGACAGCCGCACCCUACGUACGAGGCAAGGGUAUACUACAUGUUCCAAGGGUCUAUUUACCGUGGAACGAUGGUAUGCAAAGAUUGCGAAACAUCCUUGUCGGGACAUCUGCGUACAGAAUAUUUGAGGACAUAAAUUUGGAACGCGUCCCACUACAAGAAGACAACAUUGCCGGGUAUCAGUACGCACAGUUUAGUACUGAGUACCUUAAACUGGCUUCGGAUCUUGUUGACGAGGCACACUACCGUGUACGUAGAGAAGUGAAACGCAAGCGCAAGUGUACGGAGAUAGACGUAAACAGUUGCGUACAAUUAUUGAUGGAUGUCGCUACUGAUAUGCUUGAACCACAAGCACCAACUGGUCUUGCAGCCCGUGUUUCCCUACUCUCAGCGAUAACGAAUACAAGCUCAGUAUUCAGUUCGGCCAAUAUAUGGCGACGGGCUGGCACUCAACUAAGUGCCUUACACGCCGCUCAAUGGCCCCACGCUGCUUCAGCGGCCUUACACGCUUUAGCCCAUUGCCUCCCCGUGCUGCAUGCUGCAGCGCCAGACGACACGAAACAGGAAUUAACGGCAGUACAUGAGAAGUUGUUGAAAUCUCUAUCAGCAAGUUAUGCGCCGCUGCGACAAGCCGCGUUAAGGGGAUGGUUGCUGCAAUUGCCUUAUGCGGCUGCUAGUGAUACAUUGCCAGAUUUACGACAAGUUGUAGCACGUCAAUUGGCUGACCCGUCCCGGAUAUCCGUAUACGAGCAGAGUCUAUAUUGGGCGGUGUUAUUCUCCCUGGCGCCUGACCAAUCCCUUUUAGCCGCUAAUUUCUUGGCUGCGAACCCCCACCACUAUUGUGCGGAACUCGUUGCAAGGGGUAUCAUAUCUGUGUUACGAAGGCAAGUGCUGCCAAAGGAUAUCAAGAAAAAUCUUGUAGAAAAACUUUUAGAAAACAUGAACAAGUACUCUGAAGAACACGCAGUUCAAAUACUCCUUGUUCAUCUGUUUUCUGCGGAUAGCAAACUCUUAUCGUCAGGCCGUCGCGAAGUAUCAGACAUGGAUCCCGACGUACUCAUGAGCGCAAUGGAACGUAUAACGCGCUUAUACGCAUCUUUACGUCACGUUUCACGUCCCGACGUACAAAGUAUAUGUGGCAAUGCAUUGCGGCAUUUAUUAAGAGAAACUCUACCACCUGCUGCGACACUAAGCCGAGUCUUAAUAGAGCUUUUAGAUACAUGCAAAAUGGCUGAGGCAAUUGUGCCUGACCCUUUGAGUGAUCGGGACGUCUGCGUGCGCGCAGCUAUCGCUAACUGCGAGGUUGUUUUUGAGGUAUUCCAAACAUCAGUUUCUCAAUCUCAAUUACCAGUUCUCAGCGGUUGGUUAUUUGAGGCUUUAGGCCAAUUGGUCGGUGGGAGGGUCUCUCCUAAGCUCCUCCCACAUGUGCUAUUGCCACUGUUAGUCGCCGCUUCGCCCUGCCCACUUUUGAGGCAUACGCAGUCUUUGGCACUACACGUGUUUCAUAGCGGGUUCUAUUCACAAGUGAAUCAAGAUUUUGGGAUAUUCAGCGACUUAUUCAGGAGCACAAACACUAUGUCAUACUCCGAGCGUCGGUUGCUUUGUCUCGUGGCUCUUCACUCACAGUUUACAGACCAACAGUUGCUCAGAUUGCGAGAGUUGUGUGAAGAUAACGAGUAUUUGAUUGAUUUAAGACAAUGCUUGCUAGAUGUAACUAGCUAGUGGCAAGUUAAAUAAGAUAAUAGAUAAGAGACCACUACAAAAGAGCAAAUGCGUUUAAUCAGUUUUAAGAACAACGUUUAGACGGCGAGAGUUACUGAAGACAAUAUGUAAUAGACUUGCUUGGCUUGUAAGAAUAGUAUGAGGUAGAGAAAAUUAUAUAAGACACUCUUAUGCUAACAAAAGAGGUAAAAAAAUUAUAUAAAGGUAUCACAUCUAAAACUUGUGUUUUACGAAAUAUUAGUAUUGGCUUUGUAGCCUAAUAUAAUAAUAUUCGAAAUUUUAUUCAUAAUGUUACGUGGUUAAUAUUUUAAAAAUUAAU